CUUGUGGGACCGUGACGGUUUCCCGGGCCCGAUCAGCUGUUCCCCGAGGAGCGGCGGGGCCGUAAGAGGCGGCCGGAAGCGGGUGAGGAGGCCCCCCGCGUGCCGUAGGGUCGCCCGAGCCCCCGGGCUCCGCGCCACAGCGAGCGAGGCUGCAGGAGUAGUGGGGGGCGGCGAUGGCGGAGACGGUGGCGGACACCAGGCGGCUGAUCACCAAACCGCAGAACCUCAACGAUGCCUACGGGCCCCCCAGCAACUUCUUGGAGAUCGACGUGAGCAACCCGCAGACCGUGGGCGUCGGGCGGGGCCGCUUCACCACCUACGAGAUCCGGGUGAAGACUAAUCUUCCUAUUUUCAAGUUAAAAGAAUCUUCGGUGAGAAGAAGAUACAGUGAUUUUGAAUGGCUGCGCAGUGAAUUAGAACGAGAGAGCAAGGUUGUGGUCCCACCCCUUCCAGGGAAAGCUUUUCUUCGUCAGCUUCCUUUCAGAGGGGACGAUGGCAUCUUUGAUGAUUCCUUUAUCGAGGAAAGGAAGCAAGGACUUGAGCAGUUCAUAAACAAAGUCGCUGGCCACCCCCUGGCACAGAAUGAGCGUUGUCUGCAUAUGUUUCUACAAGACGAGAUCAUAGAUAAGAGCUACACGCCAUCCAAAAUCCGGCAUGCUUGAAUCCUACAAAAACCAACUCCCCUGAAUAUUGGUGAUUUGGGCAUGCCAGUGAAGAGGUCCCAGCCCACUUAGCAUGCUGCCCAGAAGCCAGCACAGUUGGCCUCCAGUGGGCUACUAACACUCAGUUUUGCUUUGUCUGGGCCAUUCAGACAAGAAGUUUAUUGCUUUAGCAAAAAUCCUUCCCUCAACUUUUCUCUAAAGUCACCCUGAAGAGCUGUUUGAUUCUGGUGCACACUACUGCUGCAUAGCCUCUCCAGCAUGUCUGUCCUCCACCUGUGCUUUCUCCAUUAAAGAUACUGACUUGGCCUUACUUGAAUUUGCACAGUUCCACUGUCCUCUUCAUUUCUUGUAUCUGAUCGACUAGAAUGUCGUCUUCUGCUCUUGUUCUGCACAAUAUCACCUCUUCUGACUCUUUUAUUUGUAGAAGUGUUAUGCAGUUGGUUUCGAAUACCCUGUGUGUGAAACACAACCUUGUGCAGUAAGUAGCUUCCUCUAAACCUGUAAAACACUUUAUACUGGAAAGGAACGAGGGAAAUCUUUAUAUUCUGUAUAAAAAAAAAUCAAAUUUAUAUACUAAAAUCAUUUGUCUAAAAUUAAGUUGUUUUGAAAUAAAAAUGGAAAAUAUA